UUCUACACAACUCACCGCCGCGAAGGGGAGGGAUACCGGCGAAGGGAGGUUGGGCUUGAGCACCAGCGGUAGAUCCGCCAGCCCACCAGGCGCGGGCACCCGAGCGGCGCGAGGAGAGCGCUGCCGACGCCGUGCUGCUUGCGCCGCCGGCUGCUGGCUGGAAGAGGCCCAGGCUGGCUUCACCACUUCCCCGCCCCGCUCCAUGAACCAAAGAAUCUAAAUUAUACUACUAGUAGAACCGAACAGCCGCUUCCGCGAAUGCCCGCGGCCACCGCCGCCGCCGCAGCCGCUGCGCAUGCGCCACCGUCACCACCACCUCACCAUCUCCGCCGCAAGGUCCCACGCCUCCCUCCUCAAGUCCGGCGUCGCCUCCCCCACGCCCUGGAACCAGCUCCUCACCGCCUACUCGCUCUCACCUGCCGGCCUCGCCGCCGCGCGCCGUGUGUUCGACGAGGUCCCCCGCCGCGACGCCGUCUCCUGGAACGCGCUCCUCGCUGCCAACGUCGCGUCCGGCGCGAACCCAGAAGCAUGGCGCCUCCUCCGAACAAUGCAUUCGCGGGGGCUCGCUGCCAACACGUUCGCCCUCGGCUCGGGCCUCCGCUCUGCCGCGGCAGUGCGCCGCCCUGCCAUCGGCGCCCAACUGCAGUCGCUGGCUUUGAAGUCCGGCCUUGUCAACAAUGUAUUCGCAGCAAGUGCAUUGCUUGAUGUGUACGCCAAAUGUGGCCGCCUGAGGGAUGCUCGCCGAGUGUUUGAUGGAAUGCCCGAGCGGAAUGCCGUCUCUUGGAAUGCUCUCAUUGCUGGGUAUGCAGAAUCUGGGGAGACAGCACCAACACUGGAGUUGUUUCUUGAGAUGGAGAGGGAAGGUUUGGUUCCAGAUGAAGCAACAUUUGCCUCGCUGCUCACAGCCGUUGAGGGCCCAAGUUGUUUCUUGAUGCACCAGUUGCAUGGUAAGAUUGUGAAGUAUGGAUCUGCAUUAGGGCUGACAGUGUUCAAUGCUGCAAUCACUGCAUAUUCGCAAUGUGGGGCCCUUGAAGACUCUAGAAGGAUCUUUGAUGGAAUUGGGGACAUUAGGGAUUUGAUCUCAUGGAAUGCGAUGCUUGGAGCUUACACUCACAACGGAAUGGAUGACGAGGCAAUGAAAUUUUUUGUUAGGAUGAUGCAAGAGAGUGGAGCUCAUCCUGACAUGUAUAGUUUCACAAGUAUCAUAAGUUCAUGUUCAGAGCAUGGGCGUGAUGAUCAUCGAGGGAGAGUAAUUCACGGGUUGGUGAUCAAGAGUGGUCUGGAAGGAGUCACGCCUGUUUGUAACGCUCUGAUUGCCAUGUAUGCUAGGUACAAUGAGAAUUGCAUGAUGGAAGAUGCAUAUAAGUGCUUCGAUUCGUUGGUGCUGAAGGACACAGUGUCCUGGAAUUCUAUGCUAACUGGAUAUUCACAGCACGGUUUUAAUGCUGAUGCCUUGAGGUUCUUCAGAUGUAUGCGUUCAGAAAAUAUUAGAAUCGAUGAGUACGCAUUUUCUGCGGCUCUGCGGUCCUCUUCCGAACUUGCUGUGCUUCAGUUAGGUAAACAAAUACACGGUUUAGUCAUCCAUUCUGGUUUUUCAUCCAAUGAUUUUGUUUCCAGUUCGCUAAUCUUCAUGUACUCUAAGAGUGGUAUUAUUGAUGAUGCACGACAAUCUUUUGAGGAGGCAGAUAAGAGUAGUUCAGUGCCCUGGAAUGCUAUGAUAUUUGGUUAUGCACAGCAUGGACAAGCACAAAAUGUUGACAUACUCUUUAAUGAGAUGCUGCGACGUAAGGCUCCUUUGGAUCACAUAACUUUUGUCGGCCUAAUUACUUCAUGCAGUCAUGCUGGUCUUGUAGAUGAAGGGUCAGAGAUUCUCAAUACAAUGGGGACAAAGUAUGGAAUUCCUCUUCGAAUGGAACACUAUGCAUGUGGUGUUGAUCUGUAUGGGAGGGCUGGACAGCUUGAUAGAGCAAAAGAGCUAAUUGAUUCUAUGCCAUUUGAACCAGAUGCCAUGGUGUGGAUGACCCUAUUAGGUGCUUGCAGAAUCCAUGGGAAUGUGGAACUAGCAAGUGAUGUGGCCAGCCAUCUAUUUGUAGCAGAACCUAGACAGCACUCUACCUAUGUUCUCCUGUCCAGCAUGUAUUCUGGUCUUGGGAUGUGGAAUGAUAGAGCAACAGUGCAGAGGGUAAUGAAGAAACGAGGAUUAAACAAAGUCCCUGGGUGGAGCUGGAUUGAGGUUAAGAAUGAGGUGCAUUCUUUCAAUGCAGAAGAUAAAUCACACCCAAAGAUGGAUGAAAUCUAUGAGAUAUUAAGGGUGUUACUUCAAGUGGAGCAGAUGCUUUCUUAUUGUGAAGAUGAAGAUAAUAUCAUGAUAACUUCCAGUGGCAUAUGCCCUUGAAUUUUGAUAGCCCACUGUUGUCCUUUGUCCCCAGAAAAGGGUAAGGAUGCUGCAUACGGAUCCUCGACAUGCUUAUUAGAUAACCCAAAUGGUCUGCUACCUCAGAUGCUUUUUCUGAGCAUUCAGGAAUGGCAUCCUUGUCGUAUAAAAAACAGUGUGCCAAGUAUUCUCGUGUGAGAAGAAAUCUGGCAGGGCUGUUUUUCUGGGUGGGUCAUUUGUGGCAUGCAGGAAGAGCCCAGGCUGCUGCAGCAGGAUUUCAUAAGGGAAACGAUCGUGAUUUGGAGCCUGUUUUUCCAUGACCCCUCUUAGCUACGAAUAUAUUAGUUAUACCUGUUCUACUUUUUUUUUCUGGCUCGGCUUUUCUAUCUAGCCAAGACAUUCAAAGAAAGGCCGAUAAUCUAUGAAAGAAAUACAAUGGGACAGAAAAAAUGCAAAUAAAGAAACAAGCAUAUUCAAAAGGAAAAGAGAGAG